AUGCCGCGGAAUACCCCCGGAGGCAUUCAACGUUUAUUUCGUUCCCAGGCCUCUCUGCGAUGCCCCGAAUCGCUUGCAACCAAUUCCAAUAUAGCCAUACAAGAACAACUUCCCGCCCAAUAUUCAUCGGGCACCCGGACGGAGGAGUUUCGCAAUUCCAAACAACGAAAUGCCGGAGAUCAGCAUCCCUCAAGCCGAAAGCAACAACCUGGCACUCUGAUAUCGAGGCGACGUUUCAGGAAAGGCUACGGGCAACCGAAACCUACCCCAGCUGAAUACCUUGCCAAAGCUCUCCGCCAGACGGGCCAUGCUCUCGGAACUGUUCAGCAUGCCUCACAAGAUGCCGAUGCACUUCGACGCUUGCAUGGUUUGCAGCCAACAUAUGGCCGACCCGCACGAUUCUCCUUUCAGACCACCCUUGGAGAAUAUAUCAGAUUGGUGGAUCCAUUGCUCUCUUCCUCCACUGAAAGUGAUGUGGCAGAUCGCUUGGAUUCUGCUCUUAAUGAAGUCUUCAGGGAAAAUAGCCAUCGCUAUCUAACCAAGCGGGGGUACGACGUCGGGGAUGUAGUGGCAUGGGCAUGGAUCAUGAAGAGCAAGGAUGCCAACCAGGCCGUUCCGCGCCUAUUCGCACUUGAAGCCGAGCAAAAGUCCAGAUUUGGCGCUGACUCUCCUGCUACCCCGUCUUUCAUUGCUCUUUUCCUCUUGAAACAAAAGCAUUUAGAUGCUCAGUCCCUUCGCUUACUUUUGAUUUAUUCUUUACAUCUGAUGAGCGGCCAGCCACUGCCAUCUUCUGAGAGGUGGGAGGCAUCUCGGGACAAGCCUGUGAAGCUGCCAUCGGGACAAUUCCAGCCCCGGAUUGAUUCCUCUACUGGCAUGCAUAUGUUCUCCCGCUUGAUUCGGCAUGCUCGGCUCGUGUGGCCCCAGGCAAUUCCCACCAUUGCAAGCGCAUUCUCACGUUUUAUGAUGGCUACAAACGUAAGCGACGCAGGCGAUUCGAUUUUGAAGAAACGCAAGGCCGAUCGCUUUAAGACCAAGAAGUUCAAUAAUUUUCUUCGUCUGCUUUCAUUUCCUACAAAGAUCCAUCCUUUCCGAUCGAUCUCCCUCCAACAGCAAGCGCAGUUCGAGCUCCUCCGCGCCAUGGCCAGCCACAAGCCGGUGCUCCCUCUUACGCGGAUAGGCUAUCGAGCCGUUCUUGCAAUCCAAGUGGCACACAAGAAGACAUCCGCCGAGAGACAGUCAGCCGAGUUAAAGGCCCCUUCAUGGCCGCCUUGGAAAGAAGAAAGAUUGGGAAUUGACGCCCUACGGGGUAACGAGGGCAUGUACAGCCGUGCGAUGAACGUGUUGUCGCAAAUGCGGGAGGCAGGCUAUUCCAGCAAGCUCUGGGAAGAUAUUUGUUCCAUUCUGGCUGGCUGGGAUACUGAUCGAAGCCCAACAGUCCAGACAAGAACUUUUUUGCGCUGGUCUAGGUCGUUAUCCCGUGCUUCUCAUACCAACCCCGAUCACUUCGCGGUUUGGGUCGCUCGUAUCCGCGCUACAAGAACUGUUCGUGAAGCGUGGGCUUGCUUUUUGUCUUAUCAGGACCGCGGCCUUCCUCCCAACGCGGCUAUAUACACCGCAAUGGCCGAAAAGCUGAUCUAUCGUCAACAGGCCGUCAGGAGCCGGUCUGAUGAGGUAGGCCAUGCUCUACCUGGCGAUGGCCGUGAAGUUUACCCCGAGCCAGCCUCUGCGCGCGAUAUUAUCUAUGUUCAUACCGAACCCCCCGUGUUGCAGGACUUCCUGGAGCAAAUGAUCUCUCAUGGAUUUCGCUUCUCGGGCCGACUCCUGGCCCUGCUGCUUCAGAAUACCCCUAACUUCCGUGUUGGCUUGCGAUAUUUGGUCAUCAGUGACCUCACCGAGGACCAAAUCAAGGUGCUGUGCACUGUACUGAGCCAUUCAUCUGACUACGGAGCGCAGCACCUAAAUGCCCUUCAGACCCUGCCAGAUGUUGUUUUUGCCUCCUUCAUCAAGUUUCUCUGCAUACCCUCGAAAUGUACAGCCUGGCAGGCGGGCGAAAAGUCUCUCACGGUCGACCGAUUUCCUCUCCUCGCAACAGAAGGCCAGUCCCGGUUGCCCUUGACUAUCCUUCCCGACUUCGAAGACCAGCCCCAACAGCGGCGCCACCCUAGAGCCCUCUGGCAUGCAAUCCAGCUGGUCAAGUCGCGACAACCUCCAUGUCCCGCGGCCUGGACCCAUAUCCUGCGGUCCUUUGGUAAUGCUAUCAAAAUAACUUCGAAGGAGCACAAAUCCUGGAGGCGUAUUCUCGCAUGGCAUGAAGUCCUCGUGGCAGUAAAAUGGAUGAAAGAUCACAACAUCGAACCUGAUCUGGAGGGGUUCUAUGCUAUGUGCACCGCCUUCACUGAGGCCGUCAAAGCGGGGAUCAGUCACCCUGCCGAAUCCAGAGAGGCGUUCAUACUGAUCCAACAAUCUAUCCGCGGUGACGGACAUGGCGAGAUCCUCGGACAUGAGCAUUACGAUGCCAUGGUUGAGAAUGGACUCUUGGUGCUGAAAUUGCAGUUCGAUUCUCUAGUCCUCCCAGUUUCCAAAACAUCGGAGGCAGCGGAGCGGAGCGUAUUCGCAGAGAAUAGCGCGGCCGACCUGCAGCUUCAAGUACCUACAUUGUUGCAUGUCCCAUCUUUUUCGAUCUUGCAUCGCUUCGUCCGGACGUUGGGGGUUGUGGGCGACGAUGAUGGGUUAUUGCAUCUGUUGCAGUGGAUGAGCCGAUCAGCUGCCUCGUUGAAUGCAGUCGCGGACGAGCUGCUGAAUGGUGAGAAAAUGCGACGGCAGACCCUCACGGCGAUCCGAAUGUUCCUGGAGAGCCCGCAGGCUGUAUCGAUGGACUGCGGCCGGCUAGCGUCGGAUCCUGCGAAAGUACAGGAGGCAUACGACAUCAUCAGCCGGACACCCGGCUGGGACUGGCCCAGUGACGAAGAGGUCGAGGAUUACUGCCAGUGA